AUGACCAUUUUACCACCAACUAGCAGUAAUUCAUCUACUACCACCAAUCAUACACAAACUACUGCAGUACAAGUGGCUUUACGAGUGCGACCACUGACCCAGCAAGAUAGAGCACAACCACGAUUUUCUAAUUCAACUGAUUCAGAUGUGAUAAAAACGUACGAGAAUUCAGUAGUCAUUGUCCCCCAUCAAAAGUCUUUUCAGUUUGAUCAUGUUUUUGACGCCUCAAGCACUCAAGAACAGGUAUUUUCGGCUGUUGGCUCGAAACUUGUUGACAGGUUUAUUGACGGUUACAAUGUUACCAUUUUGGCUUAUGGUCAAACAUCCUCUGGAAAGACUUAUACAAUGGGAACAGCAAUAGAUAGUCGAAUAGGAUCAAACUCAGAACAAGAAGGUAUCAUACCUCGUGCGAUGUCAGCCUUGUUCAAACGUUUAAACGACAUUAAACAUGAGUCGAUGAGCAAAUCAACAAGUAGUACUACAGAAAUUAAACGCACACCAUCUUUGGUUACAUCAACAGCUCCUAGUUCUGGCUUAAGAAUACCUAAAAGGACUUCUACUUUAAAUUUAAGACCAGUAUCAAUGUCUCCUCGUCGUGGCUCAAAUACAUCGAUAAAAACUCUUUCUCAAGAUGACAAAUCAACCAGAUAUACCGUGCAUGUCUCGUUUAUCGAGAUUUAUAAUGAAGAACUCGUUGAUUUACUAAAUCCUGCUCAACCUCAGGAAAGAACUCCUGUCACGAUCAGAGAAGAUACAAAAGGUCAUAUUAUCUGGACUGGUCUUAGGGAGGUUCCUGUUGAGAAUACCGAAGAUGUACUUAGACACCUUCAAAUUGGCACAGAAAACCGUGCUACCGGUUCAACAGACAUGAAUGCCAAAUCUUCUCGAUCACAUGCUAUUUUCUCUGUCACACUCAAACAAGAGAAGUGGGUUCCCACUCAGAAAGCACCAGCCGCUACACGAACCAUCAACCGUCGACCAAGCACUCUAAACGUAAAAGCCAUGAUUGGACAAAUGGAAAAACGUGGUACUGGUCCAGAAGAAGAAUCAGGUGAAUGGAUGGUAACGCAUUCAAAAUUUCAUUUCGUUGAUCUGGCUGGUUCAGAAAGACUUAAAAGAACUGCUGCUCAAGGCGACCGUCGAAAAGAAGGCAUCAAUAUCAAUGCUGGUCUCUUAGCUCUUGGAAAUGUUAUUUCAGCACUUUCAGACCCCCAUCAUAAGCGAUCUACACAUGUCCCUUACCGCGAUUCAAAAUUGACGCGCUUGCUUCAAGACUCACUUGGAGGCAAUUCUACUACUAUGAUGAUUGCUUGUGUUAGUCCUGCUGAAAUCAAUUUAACAGAAACAAGUAAUACAAUCAAAUAUGCUUAUCGUGCUCGUAACAUUCGCAAUAAGACCGAGAAAAACGAAACUAAAGAGUGGAUGACAAAUGAUAACGUAGAUCAUCUUCGACACAUCAUCACAAAAUUAAAGGCAGAGAUAAAAUCACUCAAAUCUAGUCAACAUAGCACUCCUUCACCUAAAUCAGAUCGAUUUAAUCGAGCAAGCCAUGAACUCAUGUCACUUUCUUCCUCUUCAACAUCUGGUAGUGAUAUUCAUCUUUCCACUUAUCCUUCAACCUCUGCAACUACUCACAAUACUAUGCCUGAUAGUUCAAUAUCAACAGAGCUAUGUAGUGAUGGCCAUCAAAGCAAUGAUGCAGCUGUUUUGGUAUCAGACUUGCGCCGACAAAUUGAAGAGCUUCAAAACGAGCUCAUUGUGACCCGUGAACGUAAUUUACAUGUAGAAAAUGAAUUGUUGCAACAAAGUGGAGGUGAAAACAAACCUCAGACUAAUAAUGAAUUUCAGCAUUUGGUCGAGCCUGUCAUUGAAGAAUACGAAAAAUCAAUUUCUGGUUUAGAAUCUCAGUUAGCCAUGGCAAGAGCCGCAUUGAACCAUUCUGACCAAGCACUGACUGAGCAACAAACCAAGAUUGCAGAGUAUGAAAGCAUGCAAAUCAACGAAAUACAGGUUCUCAAUGAACUUAAGGCCCGUUUAUCUGCUGCUUUAGAGCGUGAACAUUCUUCAGAAGCAUACUGUUUACAACUCGAGGCUCAGCUUGAAAAAUCAGUUCGCGAUGGCCAUAAAGAUCAACAAAUUUUAUCUGAAUUACGAGAAAAAAUUAUCAAGUUCAAAGAAAUGGACACUCAGACUGAAAAAUACAUUACGGAUUUAGAAUCCCAGUUGUCAACAUCCGAAGCAGAACGUGAAAGGUUAUCAGAGAAAAUAGCUGCCUUGACAGCCAAGUCUACAGAAAAAUCUCAAAACAACUCCAAUGAAGAAAAGAACUUACUCGAAAAGGAACUUGCUUCAUGCCAAACAAAAUGCCAAGAAUUGGAAAAGGAGUUAGACUCUUUCAGAGAGCGUAUACGUUUAGAACAGGCUGCACAAUCCGAGAAACUUUCAAAAAUAGCAGAGCUUUCAAACUUACUCUCCCAAAAAGAUGCUCAAGUGCAGGUAUUGAAUUCCAAGCUGGGUGAAAUUGAGCAACUCAAGACGGAGCUUUCGAAUCUACGUCAAAAUCAUUUGGAAGAGACCAAUCGUCUUGAAGAAGCUAUAAGGAAGUUAAAAGAGACACAUCAAGUAGAGAUAUUUCAAGAAAGAAGAUGUAGUCAAGGCAAAAUUGAUGAAUUGACUCUCAUCAAGCAAACACUCGAGCAUAAAAUGAAGGAACAAGAAAAGAAUGCUCAAAAACUAAGACACGAAGAAAUAGAAAAGCUCAAGUCAGACCUUGAUGUCAUUAUUCAAGGCCUUGAAACCAAGCUAGAAGAAAUGAGUCAUGAGCGAGAUCAAACUAUCAGACUCUUAGAAGCUGAGAAUACCUCCAAGGCAGAAAUUUUAAAAAAUGUUUUGAGAGAUAAGAAAAAUCUCGAAAGAGUAAUGCAAGUUAUGGAGAAUACCUUGAGAGCUCAAGAGCAUCAAUACAAAGCUAAUGAACAAGAGAUUGAAGAAAAACGACAAGAACUUUCUGACUUUUUAAAGCAAGCCUCUGAACGUGUGUCACAAGACGACGAAAAGGUCAAAUCUCUAACUGUUCAACUCAAUGAAGCACUUGAACAAUUAAAGCAAGAUCAUCCCCAUACUGACUUGGGCUCUCAUCAUUUACAAGAACUUGAAACCAAAGUACAAGUGCUUGAGCAUGAGCUUGACGAAGAGCAACAAUUAAUCCAAAAUGAAGAACUCACACAAAUUCGAGCUCUUGCUUCUGCUAAAGAUUCCACGGGGAUGAUUAAAAAAGAUGACAAAAUCUGGAAACAUCAAGUAGAAAAGAUCAAAGAAGAACUUUACCUGUCUCAUAAAGAAAACAAUCAAUACAAAACUAUGAAGCAAAUGAUAAAAGAAAAAUCUUCAUCAACAUUGAGUAUCACUUACUCACCUUAUCAUUCAAGAUCAAGUCUUUUUCAAGACGUACUCGAUCUCAAGCAACAAGAAAUGCUCGAUAAAAUCAUGCAGUUACAAGAAGACAAUGCUCAAUUACUCAAACAUAAUGAUGAUCUCGAAUCUCAACUGAUUUUGCAGCGUGGUCAAUUGACUCUCGAAACCAAGAAUCUGGAGCUUGAAUUGAUGAAGCUAACUGCUGCCAACGAUCGUCUUGAAAAAGAAAUGGAACAAAUCAUUUCCAAAAGUAACAAUAACCUCAUUGGUCAUAAUAGAGAAUCAAUCCAUUUCACAUCUCCACCUCAGACGCCACGAGUUUCUUCACCACCUCCUGCUCAUCCAUCAGCUAACCAGAGCACUGGAAGUACUAUUCAGUAUAUGCUACAGCGUGAUAUCUCAAAUUCCAGCAUUUCAAGAACGUCAAAGUCUGGUUCUUACCGAUCAGUCUCUGCCAUGUUGCUAGAAAGCAAUGUCAAACGACUAUCUACUCUUUCUGCUAAAUCUGAUGCAACUGUAAAUCCUCGUGCUUCGAUACGAAACAGUAGACCUCUUACACCACCUUCUAAUCCUCUUCCUCCUAUUCCUACACCUUUACCUCCUCCUCCUUCAUCGCCAUGCUCUAUUGGCGGUUUGUCUGCUCAUGAAAGCGAAUCUGGAUCUCCCCCAAUGCGUCCUAUGUCUGUUGGAAGUCCUAGUCAAUCCUCUCUUCAACGUCAAGACUCCAAUGCUUCAACUACUUUUAGUGAAAUCAUGACUACAAACUCUGCCAGCGGUUUCACUGCCGAAAAAUACGACAGAUUGAUUCGUUCUUUACAACGCAAGGCUCAAUUUGCUGAAAAUGAUGUUCGUUCACAUCAAGAAGUCAUCAGCAAAUUGGAAGCUCAGCUUAUAAAAUCAGAAUCAUCCGUAUGUGAAGUCAAGAGACAAUUGGAUCAAUUGAGCCGAGAAAAACAAGCUUACAACCUUGAAAUCCAAAACUUGCGUACUCAAAGAACGCUUACUGACGAAUCAUUAACCGAGCGUAAAGAACUUGAAGAAAAGUUAGAACAACAAAAACAACUGAAGGAGAAAGCUGAAAAAGCACGACGUAUUCUUGAGAAUCGUAUGGACGAGCUCAUGAACAAGAAGAGCAAGUUCAUGUGCUUCUAG